GGCAGGAAAAAAUGGUGUUUUCAAGACAGGGUUGCUGAAAUUCAGAUUGAUAGCUAUGAGGCUAGCGUUUUGAUUAAGUAAUUCUAUUUUGCAGGAAUAGGAUUGAAGCGGAAUGUCGGAGCAGCUGUGGAGGCAAGCGGAGUUUCUAAAGACCAUAUUCUUUAUGAUUUAACCGGAAAGAUGUCGUCAUUUCUUCUCAACUCAAGAAGUAACAAUACAAACAAGACAUACUUUUCAAGUUUCAACAGAUGGAGCGCAUUUAUCAAAGAACAUGGUUUUAAUAAUUUACCCGCUGCUCCUAUGCACGUCGCAUUGUACAUAACUAAUUUGAUAGACAAAAACUGUUCUCCUAACGUUAUUAAUAGUGCUAUUUAUUCUUUGAAAUGGGUACAUGAGCUGAAUGGUUUUGCUGACCCUACUGACAAUUCUUUCGUUAAAUCAUUACAAGAAUCAGCCAAGCGCUUAAAUGGAAAACCUGUUAACAAAAAGGAGCCUGUUAGUAUCGACAUUAUUAUUGAACUAUGUACAAAAUUCAAAGAUUCUAAUGAUUUAUUAAUUGUAAGAGAUUUAGCAAUGAUAGUGUUAAGUUUUUCAGGAUUUCUCCGUUUCGACGAGCUUAGUUCUUUAAAAUGUAAAGGCGUAACUGUUUAUGAUGAAUUUUUGAAAUUAUUUAUUUCUCAUAGCAAAACGGACCAAUAUAGACAGGGUAAUGAAAUUUUGAUUGCAAAAGGGAAAACUAUAGCAUGUCCAGUCAGUAUUUUCCAGAAUUAUAUUGAUUUGGCUAAAUUGAACCUGAAUUCAGAUUUUUACAUAUUUCGACCUAUAUUUAGGCAUAAGUCUAUAGCUAAACUUAUUUACAAAAAUAAGAAAAUAAGUUACACAGCAGCUAGAGAAAAUAUAUUGAAAAGACUGAAAUUAAUCGCACCCACGUUGAAUUUGGGUUUACAUUCUUUGCGUGCCGGUGGGGCGACCGCUGCUGCUAGUUCAGAAGUUAAUGAACGAUGCAUUAAAAGGCAUGGCAGGUGGAAGUCUGACAGUAGCAAAGACGGCUAUAUUGCCGACACUUUAGAAAAGAGACUUUCAGUAUCUCAGAGUCUUGGAUUAUAGAUUUUUUACUCAUAUUUCACCCCUUUCUUUGUAUGUUUUCUAGCUGUCUGGGUUAUCGGCAAUAUGAAUAUAUUGUUUUGUUUUAUUAUAGCCUAUGUAUUCAAGGGGAAAAAGGUUAAGGUAAUACUUACAUUUUCCCGCGUUUCAACGAAUAGCGGGAAACAUUUGUAUUAACGAUGCGUAUGAAUUUUCUUAUUUAGUCACGUGAAAAUUUUCAAGUGCGGGAAAAUAUUUCGAAAGCCUUCACUUUCUACCCAACAGUCGUAGUGUCAAGUUUAUUUUUACAUAUUUCCGAUAUGUAACAAUUUAGUUUAAUUCAUGUUUCUGAUCAUGGUUAGUGGUUUUUUUUGUAACGAAUUAUUGUAACUCAAAUUUUGUGUAUACUGUCCAAGUAUACCUCUGGAGACGGUCUUCCGAGCACAGGGUUUGGACGCAGGUUUCCAACUUUUUUCCACUACAUAUUUGGUAUUUAUUGUAGUUUGACCCGAGAUAACUCGUUUUGGUUGGUUUUUCCUGGCCGGCGGGAUCGUUGAUGAAAGAGCCUUUGCUAUUAUUUGGUAUUUAACUAAAUAUACUACAUGUAUGUCAUAUAUCAGCAUCCAGUAAUCAUCUAUAAUUGUUUUGAUUUAUUUAUGUAUUUAUGCUUAUGAAUUGUAUUUUCAACUAAUUAAAAUCCGGUGUCCUUCAAGCUGUCUGGGUUAUCGGCAAUAUGAAUAUAUUGUUUUGUUUUAUUAUAGCCUAUGUAUUCAAGGGGAAAAAGGUUAAGGU